UUCUCAACAAAAUCCAUCAUCGACCUCAGCCUUGUCCAUCGCCGCUGUAACCUCCCUCAAAGAUAAGAACAAGAGCCUCCUGAAUGCAGCCACUAUUGCUGCGGUCACGGCUGCAGCCGCAGCCAACAACGAUAUAGACUUUGGGCCCUCUGCGGACGCUGUGGCCGCGGCCAAUUCCACAUCCGAUGGCUGCGAAUACAACAUGAACGACUUUGAAGACGACGAAGACGAUCUCAAUGAGAUGAACGAAUACAGCACGGACGACGAGGCUGAGGAUGAUUUGGACGAGGAUUUGCCCUCAUCCGAGGAAGACGAACAGCAAGUGCCGAGUUUGCAAUCUGCAAAGAAGAAAUUGGACUUGGUGAAUCCAGCCAUUGCCAAGCGAACCAAUGAGGUCAAGUCUGCCACGCCAGUCAUUGAAAGUGAUCUCAUCAGCCAGCGAUCAAACGGAGAAGACUCAUCCAAUGCGCCCACCCCGACCCAAUCUUCCUCAGCGGCGUCCGAGAACUUGAGUGCUGAGAGAACAGACUCGCCUGGGAAGAGGACAAAGGGCUUGCCGAUGAAAGGCAUCAAAAGAGCCCAUCUGCCCACAGCCAGUGGGGAGACGGGCAGUGAUUCGGACGAGUCAUUGUCAAAGAGGAACUCGAACGUUCCGAAGAAGCAGAGAAAGCAAGUUUUGCCCAACACCGCAAUGGUCGCCCCCAUCACCUCCACAGCCAGCGGAGGAGGAGGUGGAGGAGGAGAGACAGCUAAGUGUUGGUGGCCAGAGUCAUCAAAUACCUCAUCGCCCAGUGGUGGAUUUGGAGGUGAUUGGCGCAACGAAAUGUCCUCGUCUCCGGCGGGUUCAUCGGGUCUGACCGGUCCAAGUACGGCCAUGACCGAGCUGGCUAAUUUGGUGAAUGCUCACCCAAGAUCAGCGGGAGGGCCUCUUCGAAUGCAGAUGAACCCAGAGAUAUUAGAUAUGCGGCCAGUUCUGAGGAACUUUGUGGCUCAACAAGAGUUGGCCUUAGAUGAGGCCGGUUUGUCGGGGGACAACGAGUCCCUGUCGUCUCGAUUGUCAGAUAAGAACCUGGGCGACUUUGAGGACGAAAAUUCGGUCGAUGAAGACGUCCUACAUCUCGCUCAGACUCCGGAUCUGGGGAUGAUGCUCCACCAGCAGCAACAACUGGCAAUGGCCUCUCUCUACAAGCAGAGGUUGCAAGUUCCUCGUUUGACAGUGAGACAACAACGGGAAGAGGCUCGCAUCCUGGCCCACUACAAACUCGAAGCUGUUUGCGAAAAAGGCAACACGCUUUUGUGGGACUUGCUCCAAGACUCGAAUAUCAGCCAAUUGUCAGAUGGCCUAGCCAUGGAAGCUGAGAAGGCUCUCUCCGGAUUGUUGUGCUUCAACAUCGACAAGAUCAUUCGGCUCAAAUUCAUUGAAGGCUGUAUCAAUAACGUGGCCAAGAACGAUUCUGCCGCCAUCUCCCUCCGUUUGCUACCCAAGCUCAUCCAGUCUUUCCAUAGCUUCAGGGGUAUGGACACUUCCGACGUGUGCAUGUUCACGGAGAAACGUCACAAGAUGACGCAACUGUUCUUCAGUAAUCUCCAGAUCUAUCAGAACGAGUUCCGAAGCGGGAUCGCCAAGCCCUUCUUCUCGCACAUGGCUCAGAUCCAAGUGCGUCUGCAUUUUCUCACUGUGAUUUUCUCCAGCCAAGUCUCGCCUAUGGAUUUCCGAUUGACCAACGAGCAGAUCAAUAUAUUAUGGGAGUGCCUGGCCUCGGACCCCGCGUGUUCCGACGAUUUCUUUCAAUGGCUGCUCAUGCAAAUCCAUUCCAAGGACCAGCAUGCCAUCUCCUUAGAAGGUUUCAAACUGAUCUACGAGGAGAAACUGCCAAGUCUGAAACCCGAAACGAUCUCCAUGUUGGGGCUGAACCUCUUUUCUCAGUUGUGUCAACUGAACCGAAACACUUCUCAAGCUCGCGGUCUGGGAUUGGAACAGGAGAAGGCCUCGUCAAACAUCAAGAUGGAGCAAUUGUGGAAGAUCGCACUCUGUGCCAACAACACAGAUGUCUCCAUGAAGGCCAUUCAAAUUUUAAAUUCGGUCUACUUUGGCCAAGGAGAGGAGUUUUUAAAUACCUGCAUGCGAAGCCUCAAGACCAAUGCGGAAAAAUUAGACUCCGGGAACGACGAUAUUUUGAUUCAAAUCCAAAGAGCUCUAUUGUUGUUAAAAACUUACUUGGAGACUUUUCGACGAAAAUACGCUUAUAACUUCCGACGAAUGUCCAUCGAUGGACAAGGAGUGUCAACACAUUCGGAACUCGUGGACAUGCGCACCUCUGGCAAUCUCCGUGUAUCUGUUCAAGCCGCUGGAUUUCCCAGCAAAGUGACCAUAGAAAUGCAAAGCUCUGACCAAGUGGCCGAUCUCAGAGCAGAAAUCAUCGCUUGGUGGGAUGGUAAGACCACCCAACAACGAAAUGGUGCUCAUGACGUCAAUGGGGGUGGUUCAAGUCCCCUUUUUGGGGCCAUGCUAAAUGAAGGUCCUUUACGGAUCAUCACUCAAGGGCAAGAGUUGUCAACAGAUCUCGAUGAGAAGUCCCUAAUGGAAAUGGGCUUCAAGGACAUGCAGAUGGUGUUCGUGUCUCAAGGUGCUAUGAGAGGAGGUCCAAUUGGUACUCCUCCCAAACAAACGGAUCUGCCCCCAUUUCCUGGUCGUGAAAAGAUGCCCAUGAAUCUUCUUCUGUUUCCCAUACAUUUUGAACAGCUCUUUGAGUUGAUGCAGAGUCUCAGUGAAGUGCGAGUGAAAAAUGACAGCGGGCAUCUUGUGGCCUUACCCAAAGCUCAGAAUCUCUCUCGAAGGGUGUGGGAUAUCCUUUUACUGUUGCCCACUAAUCCCGUAAUGAAGCAAUCCCUCCAGACUAUCAAUGCCAACACGGCCGACAAGACCAUGAAGACCUACUUAAACCCAGAAUUCCCGCAGAAACUGAUGUACUCUCUCUACAUUAUCGAUUGGUUGGGUCGACCCGCCCGUUUAAGGAGACGGUCUGGGGUGAUUGAUCCGCUGGAAUCGGGCUCAAACAAAUCCCAAGGGACUGACAACGAUCAACCGUGGAUCAAUCGAUUCGUUGCGGCCGGAGGCUUGAAACACCUUUUCAACAUAUUUCUUUCCGGUGAACUUCAAAAGAAACAAGAAUCGCUCUAUUGGUGUGAAUGGCGCCAAGAAUGUCUGAGCUCCCUCUUACGGCUCCUGGUUCAGUUCGGGGUGGAUGUGCAUGACUAUGAGGCUCUAGCCGAUCAGAUCCUGGAAGCCACGACUUCGCCCAAGAAGCGCUCCAAACGGAAUGCUGCUCGUCAUGAGAGUGGCGUGCAUCACUCCGAUAGGCUGCUGGUGCCCAGGCUUUCACAGACCAUGCUGGAUCUCAUGAAUGUGGAGUGCGUGAUGCCACGGCUUAUCAGUGUGUUCUUGGAUGUAUCUUGUCCCAAAGAUCAGAACCCGGCUCAUUUCCGGGCUAGUAUGUUCGGUCGUGCACCUGUUGUUCACUUCGCCAUGAGUCUCUUAGUGGCUUGGCUCUAUUCGGUGGACGAUAUCGAAGAUGUGUUCUUCGCCAGUAACGGUCUCCCUGCUUGGCUCCGCAACCUUUUACUCGAAGAUCCGGAUCCGGCUGUCAGACGAGAAUUGUGCACGGGUCUUUACCGGAUGUGUAUGGGAUCCACCACCAAUGCUCGCACCGGUCAAUCCUGCACGGCCCCACUUUUGAGCAUCCUCUUGGAGUUCCUGGACGACGCUCUCGUAAUGACCCCCAUGAGACGCGAGGCUCUUCAACAUCCCCUAAUGCACAUCGAAGACGGAAAAGAGCCGUUCGGUCCGGCUUGUCGGGAUUAUUUCUGGAUUUUGUGUCGCCUUGUGGAUAAUUUGCGGGUCACCCCCGACCAUCCAGACACAGAUCCAAGUGGGUUGAUUGAUUUGGAUCAAUUGGCCGGUCAACUAGUUUGUGGCCUGGUCACGAGAAAAGUUUAUGAGAAACGUCACGGAGACGCCUCCCCGGAUGACACCUUGAUUGGCACUCUGAACUUGCUUUGUUGUGUAAUGAAACACGAGCCAGCGUUUAAAACUUCACCCGAAGGUCAGGAAUUCCUGAUCCAUCUUUACCGGUUUCUCUUCGAUCUGCCCACGCCCGAAUUCAAGGACUUGCCCAAGUGUAAGUCGUCCAUUGCCCGAACAUCAUGCUACGAUCUCAUGUUUGAGAUGUGUAAGGGGUCCAUCGAGAACUACCUGAUUCUUCACGGAAAGCUCUUGGAACAACACCACUCCGACUCUCACAAACCCUACCCAUGGGAGUAUUGGCCCCGGGACGAUGGUCGGGCUGAAUGUGGGUAUGUGGGACUGACCAAUUUGGGCGCCACUUGCUAUAUGGCCUCCUGUGUUCAACAAUUGUACAUGAUCCCUCAGGCUCGAGCCUCAAUUCUUAAAACUAAAGUUGAGGAGUCCAACAACGAUGGGAAACACUUAUCCACGCUCCAAGAGCUUCAGAGAAUGUUUGCUUAUUUGCGCGAAUCCGAACGCAAAGCCUACAACCCAUUGUCAUUCUGCAAGACUUACCAAAUGGACCAUCUUCCCUUGAACACCGGGGAACAAAAGGACAUGGCUGAGUUCUUCAUCGAUCUUCUGUCCAAAAUCGAAGACAUGUCCCCGGAUCUGAAGACCAUUAUCAAGAAACUGUUCUGCGGUACACUGACCAAUAAUGUCGUCUCACUAGAUUGUAACCAUGUGAGUCGAACUGCCGAGGAGUUUUACACAGUGCGUUGUCAAGUGGCAGAGAUGAGAAAUCUCCACCAAUCUUUGGAAGAAGUCACGGUCAAGGAUACUUUAGAAGGAGACAACAUGUACACCUGUUCGGGGUGCGACAAGAAAGUGCGAGCCGAGAAACGGGCCUGUUUUAAGGACCUGCCCAAGAUUAUCGCUUUCAAUACCAUGCGGUACACCUUCAACAUGCUCACCAUGCUCAAAGAGAAAGUGAACACACAUUUCUCGUUUCCCUUCCGAUUGGACAUGUCCCCGUACAUGGAGGAGAAUCUCAUUCCCAACGACAAACAAGACGUGAAAAAGGAGGCCAACUCUGCAGCCACCCCCGAACCAAAAGAACCCCUGCCCAAGAAGAAUGAAGACCUCUCAUACGAAUAUGAACUGAUCGGUGUAACGGUUCACACCGGGACUGCGGAUGGUGGCCAUUACUACGCCUUCAUCCGAGAUCGAUCGGCUAGCAAAGACAAAUGGUACUCGUUCAACGACGCGGAAGUCAAGGCCUUUGAUCCAAACCAAAUUGCGUCUGAAUGCUUCGGAGGUGAGAUGAAUAGUCGGACCUACGAUCAAGUCACGGACAAGUUCAUGGAUUUGAGUAUUGAAAAGACCAAUAGUGCGUAUAUGCUCUUCUACGAGCGGAUCGACAAGAAGCGAAUGGAUUCUAGUGGCGCCGGUCCAAGUUCCGCCUCGGGUACAUUAACCGGAACCGUGGCCAAGAACGAUUCUGACGAGGGAGAUUCGACCAAUCCCGAGGAUGGAAGCAAAGUCGCGGCCUUUAAUCUAUCCGAGGAGCUAGAGACCUGGAUCUGGGAAGACAAUACGAACUUCAUUCAGGACAACAACAUCUUCGAUCAUACAUACUUCAAUUUCAUGUGGCAAAUGGCGGGUUACAUUCCCACAAGUUUGGGUGGACGACACAAAGGGGGAUCGGAAGAUAUCACAUUGAUGUCGGCCAAACUGGCCACGUCCUUCUUUCUCGAGAGUUUCAUCCACGCUAAGGAGAAACUGAACAUUGUUCAAUGGGUUGAAUUGCUCACCAAGCAAUUUGAUAGCUCAACUGAAGCCUGUUGUUGGUUCCUGGAUCACAUGUCUGCGGAUACCAAUUGGCCGAUUACUAUCUUCCUAAAGUGCCAAGUCAAUACCAUCCGUCAAAUGUUCCAUCGGUUGUGCAUUCACGUGAUUCAGAAAUUUAGGGCAAUUGAGAAGGAUAAUUAUUUGCUCCCGUGGUCUUGCAAGGAUCUUGAUUCGCACCCGACACCUGAAAUUCGAGCCAAGAUAGGUUCCACAUCGCCCAUAACUCGAUUUAUUCGCAUGCUUCUCGGUUUGUUGGAUUCGGGAGCGGCUCGACCUCACUUGAAAUAUCUCACCGAAAUCUUCCGGUUCCUUCAUGAUUUCGCCAAGUUGGGCGAGGAAGAAAUGCGAUUCUUACUCUCUAUCAAUGCCAUCUCAUCUUUAGUGGAGUUUUAUUUGAAAAUCAUCAAACAAGGCAACGAUAACUUGGAUGUCCACGUCCUUACCGACGACGAAGACGAUGAGGACGACGACAUCAUUGCACUCACACCCAUCAAUGAAGCCAACAAAUUGGCCUCCCUGGAUAAGAUGGUGUGGCUUAUUGCCGUCUUGGUAGAGAAAUCGCGCGGCGAUGACAAUCGAAUCCAUCUAUCCGAUCAGGACAUGGCAUCUCUAGUUGGAACUGGCGGGAAAUCCCUCGUGUUCCUGUAUAAUGUGACCAAAGACAACAUCAACACUUGUCAGACGUGCAAUCUGAUCUUCUCGUUGACACGGAACAAUCAGGAUUUAGCCGAACAAAUCGCCAACAUGGUGUUCCAUGGCGUCAAACAACCCGAAUACUCGAUGCAUUUCUUCAGGUUGUUGACUCUGUUGACAGAACUUUCGGGCGGUCCAUCGGGCAUGCCUUGCUUCACUAGUUUGGUGAUGCAUAAGAUCUGGGAUCUGGCCAAAACCAGCCCGCAACCCGCUCUGGAAUGGCUAUCGUUGCAAGUGGCCAGGAACAGGUAUGUCCAGACUUGGCUGCUUUCUACGAUGGACACGUGGGUCGAGCCCUAUCUCAUGGCGCAUCCCAAUCAAAAGGUGCGGAAUGCUGCGGCCUUUCUCGUCGUGAGUCUGGUGCCGUCGCCGCACUUCCGACAAGCCUUCAGGUCAGCCCGCACCAUGCCGUUGUCGAUUCGGGAAACUCUUCUAACAGCCGAGGAGAUGGAGUCGCUCCACCAAAUCCUGGAAUACCUGUUUAGUCUCUUGCCGAACGCCAAGAACUACAUCGAUCUCUCACAGCACGGAUCGGCCAAACUCGUGGCCUAUUUCAGCACCAUCUCGCAUUGCGUCCUCACUCGUACCGAGAAACGAAUGUUCGAACCGCAUUUCGUUCAUUUGUGGCACAUCUACCAUCCCAAGCUCUCGGAGCCCUCCAUUCCGGUUCACCAUAACAAACAGGCUCUUCUAUCUUUGUGGUACACGCUGUGCCUUGACUGUCCGGAGAAUGUUGCCCUGAUCUUUCAAAACCAAAACGUUACCAAGAACAUUGCAUUCAAUUACAUUUUGGCCGACCAUGACGACCAGGAAGUGGUCACGUAUAAUCGCGUUAUGCUACCAGCUUACUACGGACUCCUGCGUUUGUGUUGCCAGCAAUCCAAAGAUUUUACCCGACAGCUCGCACAGCAUCAAAACAUUCAAUGGGCCUUUAAGAACAUCACCCCUUACACCACCCAGUACAACAUGGCCUGCGAGGAGCUCUUCAAGUUGAUGAAACUGUUUGUCCAGAAACGCGAGGAUAUGUCCGAGGAAGAGGAGUCCGAGAUUCGUACAUUCCGUCAUCAAACCAUCCAGACCUAUCUCUCGAUCUUAGACGCUCGAACCUCGUGGAGCACUCUGAUCAAUGUGCUCAAGAUUCUCGUGGACACCAAUGAGGAUCGCAUUUUCGUGGUGUACAACAACGGCAUGGCGCUCAUCUUUGAUGCAAUCAACAUGCUCCAUAUGAUGUUCCACGAAGCCACGGCUUGUCACGUCACCGGCGAGAUCAUUGACCUUCUCAGCAUCUUCAACGAGCUCCUGGGUGCCGUACGAGCCUCCAAGGGCAACUCGGAGGUUACGCAGAUUCUUUCACGCUGGAAGGACAUGUCCGAUAUGACCAGUCGGAUCCUAACAUUGUGCAAUACGUUCACGCCUCCUGAAAUGCGUGACACGUGCCUGGCCGUGAUCAAAGAGAUGCUCAUGCUUUGGCCCCAAGAAAUGCUCAACAUUCUCGUGCCAUUGCUCCAUCGAUCUCAUUCCAACGCCUCUGAUUCCGAGCCUCGCGAUUUGGGACCCUAUUUCCCGCGCAAAGGUGUGCACGCCCUACCUGCUUUGAACUUGAAGGCUGUCCGUCCCCCACGGCCCAUGAUCCAGAUGAUGGUUCCCGCCAGUCAAUUGGAUGCAAAUCACGACCAGGAUCCGGACUAUGAUCGAGCCCUGAAUCGCUACUACCUGAACUACCAUUCGCUCAUUGAUCUCAUGGUCCGCUUGGCCGUGAAUGAAGACAACCUCACUAAGAUGCUGGUGGAUCUAUCUGCCAUGGUCGGCCUAGAUGGAGUCCCAUUGCAUUAUCAACUAUUCCCCAAACUAUGGCUAGACAUUUUCAACACAGAGCAAAUCGAUCGGAAGUUCAUCAUGAUGUUGAUCUCUUCUCAUGGCUUCCUCGAGUAUGUGGAUGCAGUGCUCUUGGACGAACGUGCAUCGUUGAACAAUUCGCAUAUAUUCAACUUCUUGCUAGUAUUCUUUCCCAAGGUCUCUGAUCAAGUGCUAACCGACCAAGUCCAAGGAAUUAUCACUGAAUUGGUGUCCAACUUCAUCGGCAUCGCCGACAAGUUCAACUUGACGCAACCUAAUCUCAUCAAGCAUUUGAAUGGCGAGAUGAAGGCUCUGCUCUUGGUCAAUUCAGCCCGACCAGAUCAUAUGAAUGCUAAGCUCUUGACAGCUCUAAAGAUCCUCAAAACUCGAGUUGAGGCUGACAUCGCAAAAUUAGACAGGGACGCAAAGCAAGAUGACGCUCUAAAACGCAAAGAAAGUCAGGGAGGCAAAGAAGCUCAAAUAAAAUCCAAGGAAUCUGAAGAAACCAAAGAACCCUCUAGCUCGAAGAACUCGUCCUCGAAAGCCAGCGCAAACGAGGAUUUGGCCCGCAAACGCCGAAAGUCUUCGGGCGGGAUUUUAGAAUCUCAUUCACCCGAUGCCCUCCACGAACCGAAACUCAAGAAAAGACAUUGCUCCUCGGCAGCCGAAGCCGGGGGUCUACCUGCGGCCAGUUUGACUUCCCGAUCAACCGCUACUUCGUCAGGGUUUUCACCCACCGAUCAAACUCGUCUCAAACUUCGCGAGGCUCUAACGUCUCUUCUGGGAACUCUGACCUUGCUCACUCAACUUUGUUCAGAUCGGAUUCGAAUCAUGGAGGAAGCCGAUCAAUCCGGGCCCAGUUCAGCCAAGCCUCGAUCCAGUGAUUCAGCCUCGCCAGACAUGCAAGUCGACAAUCGCAAAGGCUCUUCCACGUCGGAGUCGAAACCGGGCAAAAGUGAUACCAAUGAUCCGUGAACAAAAGCCACUCCAAAGGACUCAUACCCACGUUAAUGUUGGGAUCAUUAUCAACAAUUCAACUCAUCAUUAGUAUUCAUGCAUUAUUCAUUCAUUCAAACCUAUCAACGUACUUCAUCUCAAGUUAAUAAAUUGAAAUGGCUGUGUCUUUCAAAUGUACAA